GGUCGCGCGCUGCAUGAUGUCAUUCAUCAGCACACACUCACACAUAGCAGUGACACCACAGCCGACACGACAGCGACCCGCACGCCUGUUUACAUUUCCAAACGCCAGAUUAUUCUCAACUGCACGCAGUGACAUCACGGCGUACCGUGUCUGUGAUUUAAUUUAUUAUUAAUCGUAUAAACUUAGUUGUUAGUUCAAAAUGGCCAACAACAGAGCAGCCAAAUCUGGAUUAGCCGCGGAGGCACAAAGAAAGAUCAACAGCAAAUACAGCGAGGAGUUGGCUGAGGAGUGCUUAGAAUGGGUGCGUCAGAUCACUGGCGAGCCCCAAAACACGUCCGGAGAUAUGGAUAACUUCUUCGAAGUGCUUAAGGAUGGUACUCUUUUGUGCAAAUUGGUGAACAACAUCAAACCUGGCAUGGUGAAGAAGGUGAACGAAUCCAAGAUGGCGUUCAAGUGUAUGGAGAACAUCAACGCGUUCCUGGAAGCAGCGCGUCAGCUCGGCGGCGCAUAACUUCGGUAAGCCGUCGAUAGGACCAAAGGAAGCUGAGAAGAAUGUACGUAACUUCACGGAGGAGCAGCUGAGAGCUGGUCAAGGUGUCAUUUCACUACAGUACGGAUCCAACAAGGGCGCCAACCAAAGCGGCAUCAACUUCGGCAAUACGAGACACAUGUAAACGUGCCUUUAAUGAUCGUAACGAACGUAGAAAUAUUAUGUGAACUGUUUUAUUUCGUCAAAUUAAUUAGCAUUUCGACAUACAGUCUGUUCAUUUUUACAUGAGAUUGCCUCUUCUUGACUUAUUUUCUUAACUACGAAUAUAAUUCUUGGAAAAUAUUAAUUCAACGUACUUAAAUAUAUACUUUUAAUCUAAUUAUCAUUUUAAAUUUACUAUUGUUGUACUGAUUUUUAAUAGAAUAAUCAACAGUUUAAAAGUUUCUUUUAUUUGUUGUUACAACUUUUUUUUAAAUUUUUCUACAUUAAAUCUCAUGGCAAAAUGAGCAAAUUAUAGUUCUGUACUUAUUUACGUAGGUAAUAAAGUCAAUAUAAAUAAGGGUAUAUGAAGAACCAAUAUUGUUAAGUCUUUUGAAUCUCUAUUUAAUUAUUGAUUGUAUUUUUCCAAAAUUGAUGAGUCAUUCCAGAUUUUCAAUUCAUUCCAUAUUUGAAAUUUAUUUUUGUAUUUUUUUUUAAUAAUGACAUAAGGCGUAAGUGUUCUUUAACUUACAGUUAGCUUUAAGACAGCCAGCAUUUUUUUUAGUAAUAGCAGAAAUAAUAUUGUGAGAAAUCGCGUUUUUUUUUUUAAUUAAUUAAUUGUGCCAAUUUUGAUCACACACAAAAUAUAAUUUAGUCGAUCUUAGUACAGUACAAUUAAUAUUACUAUUUAAUUAUCUAUAAAUACUAUUGUGCCUUCAAACUCCACAGGAGGUUUGAAUCGUUUUCUUUGAAAUGUAACUAACAAAAUGUAAUAUUAUAUAAAGAAUCAGGGAUACCUUGAUAUUCUUAUUUAUUAAUAUUAAAAAAUUUAAUAUUUCAUUCCAUGUUAUGUGUUAGUACAUACUGUGAUUAACGAUUUUAUAAUGAAUACAUCUUUAUUCUUGUAUUUGUGUUCCACGACGCGUUACUUUUCAUGUUGUAAGUUUCAUAGAAUACACUGUAUCUUUAUGAAAGUACGUAGAAU